AAUCACAGUAGACGAACUACCUCUCUAUUUGUUGAAGGACUAUGUAGUAAAAAUCUUUCAAUUAGUUAUAUUUCGAUGAACGCCCCAAAUGUUCGAAGAUUCUGCUGGUUUUGAGGGGGACACAGCGGCCAACUUAAAUGAAGUAUGCGAACUGCAAAAGGCGACUUUGUACAGUACUAUGCGUUUUUAUUCUAAGGCUAGAUUGUUAGCCAUUUUGCUAAUCCUAAAAAGUCACGUCACUUGCUGGUGCUCCUAACCUAAUGUACCUUAAAAGUAUUGCUUAGAUUCCAUCAACACUGAGUUUACAGUCUCUGGGGGGGAUUUGGGGGAUUUGUAUUUUACGGCAACAGGAUUUGCGUUUCACGGAAAGUACUUUAGUCCAACCACCAAAGGUUGGCAUUACGUAGCAACUAAUUUGUUUGAAAGGUUUGCGAUAGGUCUCCAAAGUCUGGUUUCAUCUAUCAAAAAUGCGAUAGAACAAACGGCAGCGGUUAUAUUUCCCGCUGUCAGCGGCUCUGGUUUCGGAACUGUAGGUUGGAAGUGAGGCCUGCUGGUCGGGCUUUCACCGGGCUAGAGUCAAGCCUGACGCCUGCUCUGACAGCUUAGAGGGCCGCUACCCACGCUGCUCUCCCGGGGGCCGAGGAGCAUAGAAAUGGAACGAAUGGAAGUGGACCAGUGCGCCGGCGCAGCUGCUGGGAGCGGGGGCGGUGCUCUUCGUAGAUCGAACAGCGCCCCCAUGAUCACCAGUGUCAGUGAUGGCAUGACAGUGUUUAGUCCAACAAGUUCAGCCCGGUAUCGACGGAGCAGUGUGUCAGUCAACCCCAGCUGCCCUUCUGGGGCCACUCCCCUCUCUCCGUUCUCAUUGGGAAGCGAGAGACCAGACCACAAAAGGCAGGAGAACAUGGAGAUGACACUCAGGGGAAGUCUGCAGAGACUGAGCGCUUCCAACCUGAUGCCCCUCCCACCUGUCAGUCAUUGGCCCAACCACGCAGGGGGCUUCCAUUUGCAGGAUAGUGGCGUCACGCCUAACUCCUCCCCCAGUCCAACGAGGAGGUUCAGGCCACAGAGUUCCACUGUGAGAUGGCCCUCACUGACACCCCUGAAGAGGAAAGGAGGGGUGGAGUCUGAUGGCCCGCCCAAGAAACUGUUUAUUGCCGGGGUGACAGACCCUACCCACAGCACCAGUUACACAGUCAGUGUUUCUCAGGCAUCUGACUCUCCAUCUGGGGGCGUGUCCGUGUGUGCGAGUACUCAGGGAAGCCCCCUGGCCCUGUCCCCGCCCCCUUCCUUCACUCCCCACCAUCCCGGCAUCUAGUCAACCGGCCUAUCACGGUCCACAGGCCCGGGACUCCAGCCAAUCAGGGCCACUCAUCCCUUUCAACCAACCUUCCAGAGUCCCAAGUCCAUAUUGGACGCAACCCCAGUAAGCCUAUCAGAACCCAGGGUUCUGUAAAAUUCUGCCUACAGGAAGCGGAAACCAGCCAAUCAGAACUCUGGGUUCCAUCCAGUUUCGUCUGUUGGUGCACAUCGCGUUUUCCUUUUGCGCUCGACUUAUCAAGAGCUCUCGGGGGAACAAAUCCGAUUUUCGCAUCGCACGAACCAAUCGGAUCUUGAGUUGUAAUCAAGACGUAUUGUAGAAGUUGUACAGAGAAAAAAGCAGCUCCGCUUCGCCCAAUCAGAGGGCUUCCUCUGCAGCACCUCGCCAGGAAGCAGGGAGGAGUUGUGUAGCGUUGUCAAGGAGAUGACGGGAAUAACAAACCGCUGGCGUUCGAGUAACUUCUGGACAAACGGCACUUCCUUGUCGCCGGCAUGUGGGGUUGUUGUAAGAUAUCUCACACCUGCAGUGUUGCACAAAACAACGCAGGAAGUGAGGUCAUGGAUGCACUUCGACAUCUGAACUUCUCACAGGAAGUGAGGUCAUGGAUGCACUGCGAGAUCUGAACCUCUCGCGGGAAGUGAGGUCAUGGAUGCACUGCGAGAUCUGAACCUCUCGCGGGAAGUGAGGUCAUGGAUGCAUUGCGAGAUCUGAACCUCUCGCAGGAAGUGAGGUCAUGGAUUCACUGUGAGAUCUUCCACGUACUGCACCCUGGGCUGAAGCUCUCGCCCUGCCACAAGCACACCAGAGACACCAGCCUCCAUCAGAGAGCUGAGGCAGGGGCUCUUUUCUACACAUCAAGUCAUCAAGUUCUCCCCAUCUUGUUGCUCUUGACGUCCAGAGGUGUGCCACUGAUCGAGUAUAUCAGUGAGUGUUCUUCCAUUUCGUCCAGAAGUUAACCUUUCAGACGCCAGACACAAAGACCCGCUAACCUUGGUCUGUCUGCUGUGGGUCUGCCAGUGUUUAUAUGUGUAUAGUGCAUUAAUAUGAUACCCAGACGUGAGUGCCACUGGUUGCUAGGGCGCUCAAUUAUCUGUCCCCCUUGGGGUUUGUACAGCAGAUAUGUCCUCGUCCUAAACCAACCCCAGAAGCUCUACCUAGAGAUCUUGUCCACCGGUCCACCUAUUCGUUUUUCAAGAUCCAAUCAGCAUUUCAAAUCAGACAAUCGGAAAGCACGUUAGCUGUUCCCAUGUUGGGGGUGCUCCAAUCGGAUCUUCUCAGAGCUCCAGAAGCACGUAGAGGGUGGAGUUAAAGGGUUGGUUUUGGAUGAUGUGUUUUAAUAAUAUUUAAAGAUAUACUAAGGGGACCAUACAGUCUCUCCUGGUCUUUGUGUCUCUGACUGAACCGUGGGUCCACGUGUGUGGUUUCCCUCCUGGGCGUGUGGUCUCUCUCCUGGGUGUGUGGUCUCUCUCCUGGGUGUGUGGUCUCUCUCCUGGGCGUGUGGUCUCUCCUGGGCAUGUGGUCUCUCUCCUGGGCGUGUGGUCUCUCUCCUGGGUGUGUGGUCUCUCUCCUGGGCGUGUGGUCUCUCUCCUGGGUGUGUGGUCUCUCUCCUUGGCGUGUGGUCUCUCCUGGGCAUGUGGUCUCUCUCCUGGGCGUGUGGUCUCUCUCCUGGGCGUGUGGUCUCUCUCCUGGGGGUGUGGUCUCUCUCCUGGGGGUGUGGUCUCUCUCCUGACCGACGUCGGUUUCAGUCACACCAGGGAAGCUCCUGGUGUGACUGGGGGGUGCACGGGGGGUGCACGUGUGUGUGUGCGUGUGCGAGUGUGUGUACGCGUGUGUGUUUAUCUGUUCUGCGGAGAACUGAUGUUGUCAGACCUGAAGACCAGAAAUGAAGACCAGAAAUUAGGAUUUUGGUCCUCCUGGUAGAGUCUUGUGUACCCUUACUCCUGUAUGGGUACUUCAGGAGAGAGAGGCAGGAAGGAGAGACACCUAGAAAUCUACCCAUAGAUUACAUCUAAACAUCCUUUGUUUUCUGUAACUUGUCAUGGUCGUUCACUCUCAGGACUUCUGUAGAUUUUAUGAAAUACUUUUGUGUUUAAGGAAUUAUAGAGCAUCAUAUAUGUUUUGUCUGUAACCUAUGGGGUGGUUUUAGACAAGCUGCCCUACCUGUCCUUGUUCCUUUCAGACCUUCAACUUGUGAAUGAUGUACAAAGUCUAUAUAAGCUGCUUAAGAGAAGUGUCUUAUUCAGAAAAAAAACCUAAACUUCAAUCACAGUAGUGUGACUCUGUAAUAUUAAUGAAUUAUAAAUUGGGUAAGUUCAGAAACGGCCCAACAAAAAAAAGAAUCCAAAAUAUUUUCUGGAUGUUGAACUUCCAAUUUAAUGAUUUUUGCACAGUAUUAGUUUCAUAUUAUUAAUCAUUAUUGCUGUUACAUGAAUGGGUUAAUAUCCCGAAUUUAAGACGAUGCGAUUGCUUGUUUGUUUUGUUUGGUUGUUUCUUAAUUUCGGAACUGGUUAUAAUGUCUAGCUUUCCUGUAACUGAGAAGUGGAUAGAUCUGUGCUCGGGUCAGAGUAAUUCCUGGAGGGGUUUGAUGAAUUCAUGUUCCCUAUCUCUAGUGACAAUCAGUCAGUUUUGAAUGUAAAUAAAGUGUAUGUUUUUUUGUUUUGUUUUGUAUCCCUAUCAGUUGUUAUAAACAAAACAACAUGGGGGGGAAAAGUAGCUUAUUAAUUACUGUGAGCGUAUAAAUAUAUCCAUUGUUGUGAUGUUCACUUUGAACAUUGUCAGAGCUCCAUUUCUCUCCAGGAAAUAGUCAGACCCGGAUUUAUAUGGGAUCUACCCACAUAUGUUGCCAAACCCAAGUGAUUUAUUUUAAGUUGUCGUACAGACAUUAAUGGCCUGUAGCUUUAAUUCAGACACAUGUAUUGCUUACUCUUUCCUAAGUAUGGAGAGCGCCUGUUCUUACAGAGUCAUCGCAGUCAACAUCAGUAGACAAUGAUCUCAACCUCAUAUCUGAUCCCCUUCCAUGUGAAGUUAGCCUUACAUCGAUCGGUGAGUUACGCUUUGCUUUUAUAAGGCAUUAACAUUAGGUGGUCGUGGAUGUCCCUAAACCCCUCCUUGUAGUGGUUAACCUCCAGGGGAACACAACACAAACUUUAUAGUUGGAGAUGAUCUGAAGCCAAAUAGAGAUGAGAUCAUGUUCUGCUGAGGUUUGUUGCGGUUGACUUCCAGGCCUCUCCUGCCUUCAGCAGGUUGCAGGUGUGCUGUCGUAGAGGAAGAGCACUGUCCAGGAGAUAGAAGUAGGAAACGACCUAAGAGAAGGAACUAGGAAGUGACCUAGGAGAUAAGAGCUAAGAGAUGGAAGUAAGAGAGCGUUUGUAGUUAGUGAAUGAGGACCGUCUCUGUUCCAACCAACCAUAGAAUGUUGUGUUCAGUCAGGCACGCUUGACCUGCAUUGUCAUUUAUAAUCUUUUGUUUUCUUUUCCAUAGCUUUUCCUGUAAUUCUUUAAAAUAUCACGUGAAAAAUUUGACUGGCCACAAUAUUGAAUGUGACUUGUUUUUCUUCCUCCAAAAACAUGUCAGUGUUAUUGAGGCCAUACUUCCUGGUCUCCCAGCUGGUAACCAAGAGAGACAGGAACAAGAGACAGGAAAGAGAAAGUAGAGGAUAUAUUAGUGAGUUUGUGGCGCGAAGGAGAGUGAGGUGCGAAAGGGAACUGAAAAGCACAUCUACCAGAACAUUCAGACAAGUAUCUUCAAACUGUAAAUAGCUUUUCGACAAAAGUCUCGAAACAAAAAGAGAUGUAUUUUUAUGGAACUGUAAAAGAGAGAGAAAUAAAAUACUAUAUUCAUUCA